CUCCUAGCCCAGGGGUGGGCAACUGUGGCCCUCCAGCUGUUGGUGAACUACAAGUCCCAUCAUGCCCCUGCCUUUGGGAGUCAUGCUUGUAACUGUCAGUUUUGCAAUGCCUCAUGGGACUUGUAGUUCUACAACAGCUGGAGGGGCCACAGUUGCCCACUCCUGUCCUAGCCCAUGGUCCGUCAGCAGACCACAUCCAGACAUCACAGGGGUGUAAUCCACUUUUCAACCAAUGUGACAAAUAGCCAUUUAAAAAAGGGGAAGAGCUGUGGCCCUCCAGCUGUUGUAGAACUACAAGUCCCAUGAGGCAUUGC